AUGUCAUCAUUACAAAGACGUCGUGGGGGUAAAAGUUCGGCAGGUGCAGUGAAUAGUGGCUCCAAUUCAUUUGAUGAAGAAAGAGAAGAAGUACCUCAACAUAAAAUUGGAAUUGAUGAUAAAGAUAUCAAAGAUCGUAAAGAAUUAAAAGUACCAUUAUUAACGUUAAUGGAAGAAGUACUUCUAAUUGGAUUAAAAGAUAAAGAAGGAUAUUUAUCCUUUUGGAAUGAUAAUAUAAGUUACGCCUUAAGAGGAUGUAUUUUACUUGAAUUAGCCUUCCGUAAUAAAAUUACAUUAGUUAAUGAUCCCGCAAGAAGAAGAUUUGAAUUAAGUGAUAGAUUAAUUGAAGUUAUUAAUGAUGAACCAACUGGUGAAGUUUUAUUAGAUGAAGCUUUAAAAAUUAUGAAAAAUGAUGAAAGUCAUUUGUCAGUAACAAAUUGGAUAGAUUUAUUAUCAGGAGAAACUUGGAAUUUAAUGAAAAUCAAUUAUCAAUUAAAACAAGUAAGAGAAAGAUUAGCUAAGGGAUUAGUAGAUAAAGGAAUUUUAAGAACUGAAAGAAAGAAUUUCUUUCUUUUCGAUAUGGCAACUCAUCCUGUUGCUGAUAAACAAUCAAAAGAACAAAUUAGAUUAAGAAUUUUAAAUUUAUUAAUUAAUAGAAAUAUUGAUUUUGAUGCCAUUACUAAUGAUCAAUUCCCUAAAGAUACGACUUUCAAAGUUUUAAGAUCAAUUUCUUUAAUUUGUGGAGCUUAUGCUGCCAAUGUAUUGGAAAAUGUUUUAUUAACUUUAAAUUAUGAUAAAAGAGAUCAAGCUUUUGCAAGAGCUGAUGAACUAUUAGCAGAUUUUAGUGAUUUCCCUUUCCAUACUGAUCAUGCUAGUCCUUUAGGUUUGGGUUUAAAUUUAUUUCAAGAAGUUAGUAAUGAAGUUGAAAAAGAUUCUACAAGUGAAUUACAAUUAGAAUUAAUAGCUGCUAUAUUAAGUGUUUUUGCAAGAAUGGAUUCAAUUUUAUAA